UGAUAUUUUCAUUGUAUGAAACAAUAAAAAAAUUAAACGAUAAUUUUUUGUAAAGCUUAAAGCCUUUUUUGCCUCUAAAGCAAAUGAUUUUUUGUGUUUAUGUUGUGUUCAGUUUUUUAUGUUUCAUAUAUUGCUUUUGUAUAAGUAUGGUUUUAUACAGAAAUGGUUAUAAUAAUGGUCAAUAUUAUUUGGUCCUUAUGGAUUUUUUGCAUAUAAAUCUCUACGAUUUCGAAACCUAGCCCAUGCAUCGCAAUUCUAUUCUGUUUGUGUAAAUGUUUGAUGUAUGCACGAUUGAAGAUGGAACAUAAUAUAUCGUCGGAAUCGUUGUGUCCAAUGCGUCAUUAAGAAGUUUGCUUUCGAUAUCAUUAAAAAAAUGUAAUUGUAUGUAUUCAUCUGUGCAUAUCCACUGAUAUGUGUGCAUCCAACAACGCGCGUAGAAAUAAAUCUUUGUUCUUUUACUUUUAAAGUGCAACAGAAAUAACAAUGUUAGUUACGAUGGCGCAUUUUUUGAUUGAGAAAUUCUUGAUUUUUGGUAUCCGCGGCGAACAUGGAACCAUUUCGUUUAAUGCGCAGUCUAAUAAUUAAAAAUAUAAUAGCAUACUAUCCCACAUAAUUACUUUGUUUUCUGUGUUGUUACACACGCCUUAUUUAAACAACAACAAUGGUCAUUUAGCAAAUAGCGAAAUCUGAAUAUAUCGAAAUGAAAACAUAACGCUAUCCAAACAAGUGUAUAUCCCAGCGCAUAUUUUUCGGUAAAAAUCUGAUCUAGUCGCUGCGGAUGAAUUGGUAUCUUUUACCAACCAUGACCAAAAUGGUUAAGAAUAAAGUAUGUGGUAUAUCCAUUCAUUAAUCGUUACGAGCAUACAAGAACAUCAUGUAAAGAGAGAAUAUAUGGAUAUGGAUGCAUAUGAAACGAAAUAAACAAAAGCUCCAAAGAUCCUUCAUAAAAAAAUACAUUUUCUUUAGAAAAACCGCAAUAAUUUGUUCAUUGUGUUGCACAAAAUAAUUGAAUAAAGCUGUUCGAGCAUCCAAUAACUUUGAUUUUCUCUCAGAUGAGGCAUAUGAGCAUCUAUGAUACAAUUACAGUAACCUAGUAACUCAUGAUAUGUGUACGGUAAAUUAUAUUGUGAAACAACUCUCUGAUGUUGAUACGAAAGAGAUAAGCUUGAAAAUGAAACAAGUAACAUUUAAUAGUCCUUGACGCCAACAUAUAAAAGGAUGGCAAGCAAUCGGAAUCAACGCGAGACGAUCAAAGAAGCGAAAUUUUAGCUACCUGUAGAAAUGAUAUUGUUACUUUCUUUGGGUUUUUUUUUCUUUUUUACUGUGGAUGAAAAACACAUUUUAUUUCACUACAAGCAAUAUCAGCUGCAACAUUGGAUGUUUUAAAUGAAACCAUAUUUAAAUGAAAAAUCAUUACAGCGAUUAAUGGAAAAAAUAAAAUAAAAUGGAUUGGAAAGAAUCAGCUGAAGUCAACUUGGAUCAAAAACAAUGAUAACUAGACAACACGAAAGGAUAAGUGUGUCUGAGUCGUUGAUCCAUAGCUAAACAGGUGGCAAAGCCAUUUGCUAUAUAGCAUAUUGUUAAGGGUAAGACAGCUACAUUUCGAAUGGGUGUUUGACGAACGUAUUUCUAAUUAUUUAUAAAAAUGACUCUCAACCGAACAUAACAUCAUAACGGUCUUGGAUAGAUGCGAAAUAUGUACGAAAAGGUCGGAAGACCGGGAACCAUGGGUAAAAUAAUAUCCAGAAACUAAAUAGAAAAUCCAAUAUGAGUAGAAAAAUUGACAGGUAAUAAAAAAGUACAAUAAUAAAAAAAGAAAAAUCUGAAAGAAAGCUAAGGAGAUAACCAAAAAAAUGUAACAAAAAUGAAAUAAAAUAAUUGCAAAAUCGAAUGUAACAAAUAAAAAAGCAACAAACGGACAAA